AUGUCAACGGUAGAUACCCGGUUUCCUGCUCUGUUAGAGCAGUUUACCGGUGAUUUGCAGAGUCCAAAUGAAGAUACGCGUCGUCGAGCAACAGAUGAGCUCUACGAACGUAUUGUUGCUCAAUAUGCUGAUGCUCCAUCUGAUGUUGUUACAAGUAUUGCUGAACAAGUACAAGAUUUUGUUCGAAAGAAAAUGAGUAAUCCAAAUGAUGUCAAUGAAAAUCGCGCAGCCCUUCUUGUUAUUCUUUGUUUUAUAUGUGUUGGACAAAAUUUCUACACUGAAUUAAGUAAUAAAUUAGAACCAACAUUACGCGGUUAUAAACAAAUGUCAGUUGAUGCUAAUUUAUGUGAAUUAGUUGUUAAAUUAACAUGUAUUCUUGUCAAAGGUUGUGGUCGAAUGAGUAUUGAUCAAUUUUCACAUGAUGUUCCUAAAGCCAUUGAACGUAUAUCACGUGAUGAAAAACAUGAAACAAGACGUUAUAGUGGUAUAACAAUUUUAAAAGAAAUUGCUCUUGUUGCUCCAUCACGUUAUUAUCAUUUAAUAACGCCUGUUGAACAAUUUUUUGAACAACUUUUCGCUACAAUGAUAGAUUCAAAACAAUAUAUUCGUGAAGCAUUUGCUGAAACAAUGCAUGCAACACUUAUUGUUCUUAUUGAUCGUGAACGUGAAGAACAAAAAAAUAAUAGUAGUGAAAUAACAACAGGAAAAGAUUUACCAAGUAGCAAUAUAAGUUAUGCUACUAAUACAGAAUCUAAUACAUUUAUUAAAGCAUAUAAUAUGGCAUAUACAGAAGCAAUGAAAUGUUUAACAGUUGAUACAACAAAAAAUAAAAAUACACAACGAGAAGAUCGAAUUCAUGGAGGACUUUUAUUACUUAAUGAAUUAUUACGAGUAUCAGAUGUUAAAUUUGAAAAUAUUUGUCAAGAUUUAAUUCAUCCAUAUAGUGCACCAAAACCAAAACCAAUUUCAUAUAAAGAUGUACAUCGUGCUCGUGUUGCUUUAACAUUUGAACGUACUGGUCCAUUAUCACCUAUGGAUAUAAUUGAUAAUCCUGAACAAUCACAAAUUCAAGUUCAAUCAUCUCUUAUUCGUUCAAUUAUGCUUGAAAAUUUUCUUAAUAUUUGUAAUCAAGUAUUUCAAUAUCGUCAACAACCAAAAUCAAUGAUAGCUAAUGUUUUAAUACGUAUAUUACCACGUUUAGCAUCAUUAAAUUAUAAAUUAUUUUCUCAUCAACCAUAUGUUGAUGCAACAAUGAAUUUUAUAUUUGAACGUAUUAAUUCACGUGAAUUAAAAGAACGUCAAUUAGCAUUUCAUGCAUUAGGUUUAAUGAUAUUAGCUGAUAAAACAAGUCGAAUAAAUGAUAAUGAUUUAUUAACAACAAUAACAACACCAAUAACAAAAGAAAUGAUAAAAAUUUUAGAUUGUUUAAAACAAACAUUUAUACCAAUAUCAUCAACAAAUACAUCAUUAACAGCAACACAUUCACAUCGACGUAGUAAUUCAACACAAUCAUCAAAUACAUCAUCACAACAACAACAACAACAAUCAUCAUCAUCAUCAUCAUUAUCAAUAAAUAAUUUAUUAUCAUGCCGAUAUUUAUCACCUGAUUCAAGUGUAUUUGCAUGUAUAACAAUGAUUGGUGAAGCUGGACCAGAUGCAUCAAAAUGUUUAGAUACAUUAUUAGAAUAUUUAUUACAUUGUGGUUUAAAUCAUUCAUUAUUAUUUUGUUUAGAUAAAUUAUGUUCAAUGCCAUUAAUACAUACAGAUACAAAACGUAAAAUUCAUCAAGGUUUAUUAGAAAAUCUUCGUUUAAUUUUAUGUAAUCAAUUAUCAUAUAAUACAAAUUUAACAAAUGAACAAAAUGAUAUUAUUAUAAUUGCAUUACAAACAUUAAGAAUAUUUGAUUUUGAAGCACAAGCUAUUGAACCAUUUUUUAUUGAUAUAUUAAAUACACGUUUUAUUGAACAUGAUAUUGUACGUAUUAGAAUUGAAUCAAUUAUAACAAUAACACAUUUAUUAAGAAAAUUAUUAUCACCAACAUCACCAACAACAAUAUCAUCAAAUACAACAUCAUCAUUAAUCGCAGCUAAUAAAUUACGUAUUAAAAUUGGUCAUAUAACACAAAGAAUAUUAACAAUUGGUGUUACUGAUUUAGAUCCUGAUGUACGUUAUAAUGUUUUUUUAACAUUACAAGAUGAUUUUAAACAAUUUUUAGCUAAAUCAGAAGCAUUAGAAUUAUUAUUUUUUUCUGUACAUGAUGAAUGUCAUGAAAUAAGAGAAUUAGCAUUAAGUCUUAUUGGACGUUUAUCAAAUAUAAAUCCAGCUUAUGUUUUACCACCAUUAAGACAUUUAUUAUUACAAUUAUUAACGGAAUUAGAAAUUGGUUGUUCAUUAAGUGGAAAAGAACAAGCAUCAAGAUUAUUGGGACAAUUAAUUGCAAAUACACCAAGAAUUGUUAGACCAUAUAUGCAAUCAAUUACUCAAGCUCUACUACCAUUAAUAAAACAACAUGAACAACAUUCAAAUGUUCUUAUGGCUUUAGUACGAACAGUUGGUGAACAAGCUCAAGUUUGUGGUAUUGAUUUAGAUCAACGUGUACAUGAUCUAUUUCCUAUAUUAAUAAAUAUGAUGCAAGAUACAUCAAAUUAUCGUAAACGUGAAGUUGCAUUAUGGACAAUAGGACAAAUAGUUGAAAGUUGUUGUUAUGUUAUUGAACCAUUACAAAAAUAUCCUAUUUUACUUGAUGUACUUUUACAAUUUUUAAAAUCACCUGAAGAAAUUCCAUUUCGUCGUGAAACAAUACGUGUACUUGGAUUUCUUGGUGCAAUUGAUCCAUAUGAUGUACGUUCAACAAAUGAUCCAUUACGUUCAUUAUCAUUUGAUGUAAAUGAUAUAACAUCAACACAUCGUGUACGUGCACAACCAGAUCCAAUUGAAAUAUCUUCAAAUGAACUUUUAGUUGCAUCAGGUGCACAAUCAUUACAUGAUUUUUAUACAUCAAUGGCAAUAUAUGUUUGUUUACGUGUAUUAAAAGAUCCAAAUAGUCCACAAUUACAUUUAAAAUCUGUACAAGCUAUAUCAAUUAUACUUCAAUGGCUUGGUAGUUCAUGUACACAAUAUGUAUCACUUGUUUUACCACGUUUAUUAUCUGUUGUACGUAAUACAGAUGAUAGAAAUUUAGUACCAUAUUUUCGACAAAUAAAUAUAAUAAUAAUAUCAAUAAAAAGUUCAAUUAUUCAUUAUGUUAAUGAUGUUGUACAAUUAAUACGUGAUUAUUGGGAUACACAUAUAGAUUUACAAAUAUUACUUAUACAAACAAUUGAAUCAUUAGCUGCUGCAUUAGAUAAUGAAUUUCGUCAUUAUAUACAUUUAUUAUUACCAUUUGUUAUGAAAACAUUUCGUAUUGAUACAAAUAUAUCAAAUAUGAAUAAUUUAACAAUAAAUCAAAAUCAAGAUAGACAAUUAAUAUUAUCACAAAUGUUUUCAACAUUAAAUAAAUUUGGUAAAACAUUAAAACCACAUUUUAAUGUUGUUUUACCAUCAAUAUUAGAUAUAGCAUCAACAAAUACAUAUCCAUUAAAAUUACGACAAGAAGCAUUAGAUACAAUUGAACAAUUAGCUGAUAAAGUUUUUUUAAGUGAUUAUGUAUCAGCUAUAUUACAAAUAUUAUUAAGAAUAAUACGUAAAACAACACAAUUACAAAUGAAAUGUUUAGAUAUAAUAUUAAUUAUAGCACAACAAAUGGGUAAACAUUUUCUUGUAUUUCAUUCACUUGUAUCAAAAACAAUGGAUGAUAUGAAAUUACAACAUUCAAAAUAUGAAUUAUAUAUAUCAAAAUUAAAAGAUUCAUCAUUUGUUGAUGUACAAACAGAAACAAUAACAAAUAUAAAUCAAUUAUCAAAUCAAACAAUAAAUGAAUCAACAAGAAGAAAUGAUGAUAAAGUUUUAUAUACAAUACGUACAGAACAAUUAAGACAACAUUGGUCACAAGCUAUGCAAAGAAAUGCAAAAGAUUUACCAAUGUGGUUAAAUAAAUUUCAACAACUUGUUUUAGAACAAUCACCUGUUUAUCCAUUACGUGCAAUGGGUACUUGUUUAGCACAAGUAUCACCAUCAAUACCACGUGAUUUAUUUAAUGCAUCAUUUAUAUCAUGUUGGAGUGAAUUAAAUUCACAUGAUAGACAAAGUUUAACAAAUGCAUUAACAUAUGUUUUAUCUGUAUCGGAUAAACCUGAUGUUAUACAAACAAUAUUAAAUUUAGCUGAAUUUCGUAAUCAUUGUGAUUUAAAAUUAAAAUUAGAACGACAACAAAAAACAAAUAAACGUAAUGAAGAUAUUAAUUUAAAUGAUACAAAUGAUGAUAUACAUAAUGAUAAAGAUAAAAAUAAAAAAAAAGAUAUUAAUUAUGAUAAUAAUAAUGAUGAUGAUAUUGAACGUUCAUUAAUAAAUAUACAUUUAUUAAGUGAAAAAGCAUUUAGUGUACGUGCAUAUGCUAAAGCAUUAAGAUAUAAAGAAGAAGAAUUUCAACGACAACAUGAUACAGCAUCAAUAAAUCAAGCAUCAAUAACAUCUGAUAUUGUUGAAUCAUUAAUUAGUAUAAAUCAUGAAUUACAACAAUCUGAAGCUGCAUAUGGUGCAUUACAAUAUGCUAAAAAUAAUAAUAUUAAAAUAAAAGGUCUUUGGUAUGAAAAAUUAAAUCAAUGGGAACGUGCAUUAAGAAAUUAUGAAUUUCUUAAAACAAAUGAUCCAUCAAAUAUGGAUAUACAUUUAGGACGUAUGAGAUGUAUGCAAGCACUUGGUUCAUGGUCAGAAUUAAAAGAUUUAGCAACUCAUAUAUGGGAUAUAACAGAAACACUACGUGAUGAACAACCACUAGCACUGUUACCAUUUACAUCAAGUUUAGUUGAUAGAAAUUCUCCAUCAACAUUAUUAUUAAAUUUUAAUCAAGGUACUAUUAAUGGACGUGAAUUAAAAAAAACUUUACAACAAAAAAUUGCACCUAUGGCAACACGUGCUGCAUGGAGUCUUGGUGAUAUGGCUGAUAUGGAAAAAUAUUAUAUUCAUAUACCAGAUACAAAAUUUGAAGGUGCUUAUUAUCGUGCUGUUGAUGCAAUUAGAAAUGAUAAUUAUAGACAAGCACAAGAUUCAAUUGAUUUAGCAAGAGAAUUAUUAGAUGUUGAAUUAACAACAUUAGCUAAUGAAAGUUAUAAUCGAGCUUAUUCAGCUAUGAUUAAUGCUCAACUUUUAUCUGAAUUAGAAGAAGUAUGGUAUUAUAAAAUAUUACCAGAACGCCGUCAAUCUAUAUGUGAAAUUUGGCAAAAACGUAUGCAAGGCAAUCAACCAAUUAUUGAUGAUUAUCAUCGUUUAUUAUUAACACAUUCACUUUGUUUACCAAUGGCACAAGAUCUUCAAUCAUGGAUUAAAUUAGCUAAUCUAUGUCGUAAAUCAAAUCGUUUAACAAUGGCUGAUUUUAUAUUUAAAGAAUUAACACAUACAGUUUUAACUGAUCAAACAAAUCUUAAUCGUGAUGUAUCAAUUAUAAAUCAAAAUACCUAUCAAUCACAAAUAUCACAUUUUAAUCUUCAAACAACAACAACACCAGCUUUUUCAUUACAAUCUCAACAAACAUAUUAUCAUCCAUCAUUAAUUGAACAACAAUUAGUUAAAUAUGAAAAAGCUAAAUAUGAUUGGCAUUGUUUAGGUGCAACACGUGAUCGUCUGUUACUUGAAAGACUAAAUCGAAAAGUUUUAAAUAAUGAAAAUACUCCACAAAAUGAACCUAGUCAUAAUAUAUCAACAAUAUCAUCAUCAUCAUCAUCAACAUCAACAGUAACAAAUAUUGAAAAUACAAAUGUUAAAAUUGAACAAAAUCGUCUAGAACAAUUAAAAUUAAUUGAAGAUAUGAAAGAAAUGGUUAUUAAAACAUGUUUACCAGCAUUAGAUCAUAUUAGAAAACAAACAGCAACAACAACUGGUAAUGUACAACAACAAACUAUGAUGGCGACAAGUGGUGGUGCAACACCAGCUGGAUCAGGAACUACAUUAGCUGGAACAACUCAAAAUGUUAAUGCAAUAUCACAAUUAUCUGCACUCUCUGUAGCAACUACAAAUGCGACACCACCACUGAAUUCAACAGCAUUUUCUCUAAUGACAUCAACAAGUUUAUCAACACCAUCUCAAACAAUUAAUCAACGUGAACAACGUCUUCGUCAAUUAAUAUCAAAAUGUUAUUUACGAAUAGGCACAUGGCAACAUGAACUAUUCGGUAUGACAGAUGAUAUUAUAUUAACUGAAAUAAUGAAAAAUUAUGAACAUGCUUGGACAUACGAUGAUUCAAAUUAUAAAGCAUGGAAUGCUUAUGCUGUACUUAAUUAUGAUGCUGUUAGUUAUUUUAAACAACGUAUACAAGAUUUAUCACGUAAUAGUCAGCAACAACAACAACAACAACAACAGCAGCAGCAACAGCAACAAACUCCAACAUCUCCAUCAACACUUACUGUUGAGUCUUUAGCAUCACCACCUCGACAGCAACAACCACAACAAAUGCCACUAACUCCACCACCAAUACUACAACAACCACAACAACCACAACAACAACAACAACAACAACAACAACAACAACAACAACAACAACAACAACAACAACAACAAAAUCUUGAUCCAUCAAAUGAUGCUUAUCGAAUGUUAACAGCAAAAAUGAUACAUUGUACAAUACCAGCUGUAAAAGGUUUAUUUAAAUCUAUUGUAUUAUCAAAAGCAAAACAUUGUUUACAAAAUACACUUCGUUUAUUAACACUUUGGUUUGAAUAUGGACAAUAUCGUGAAGUAUAUGAAGCAAUUACUGAAGGUAAUCGAACAGUACCUGUUGAAGUUUGGUUACAUGUAUUACCACAAUUAAUUGCACGUAUUGAUUCUCCACGGCCAUUAGUUCAUCAACUAAUACGUCAUUUACUUAUUGAUGUUGGUCGACAACAUCCACAAGCAUUAAUUUAUCCAUUAGUUGUUGCAUCAAAAUCUGUUGUUCGUGAACGUGAAGUUGCAGCUAAUCGUGUAUUAAAUAAUAUGAGAGAACAUAGUCAUACACUUGUACAACAAGCAUUAGUUGUUAGUGAAGAAUUAAUUCGAAUAUCUAUAUUAUGGCAUGAAAAAUGGCAUGAAGGUUUAGAAGAAGCAUCAAGACAAUAUUUUGGAGAUAGAAGUAUACCAGGUAUGAUUGAAACAUUAGAACCAUUACAUGCAACAAUUGAACGUGGAAGUACUACUCUUAAUGAACGUACAUUUCUUGAUUCAUAUAGUAAUGAUUUAACACAAGCUCAUGAAUGUAUUCGUCGUUUUCAACGAACAAAAGAUCAACGUGAAUUACAUCAAGCAUGGGAUCUUUAUCAUCAAGUAUUUAAACGUAUUCAUGCUCAAUUACCAAAUAUAACAUCUCUUGAAUUAGAUUAUGUUUCACCACGUUUAGCAACACAUUGUCGUGACUUAGAAUUAGCUGUACCAGGUACAUAUGAACCACAUAAACCACCAAUAACAAUUCGAAAUGUUCAAUCUCAUAUAACAGUUAUAACAUCAAAACAACGACCAAGGAAAAUUAGUAUAACAGGUUCCGAUGGAUUUGAAUAUGUAUUUUUACUUAAAGGACAUGAAGAUUUACGACAAGAUGAACGUGUUAUGCAAUUAUUUGGUUUAGUUAAUGAAUUUUUAUCAGCUAAUGAUGAAACACGUCGUCGAAAUUUUAUUAUUCAACGUUAUCCGGUUAUACCAUUAGCACCAAAUAAUGGUUUACUUGGUUGGGUUGCUCAGUGUGAUACAUUUCAUGCAUUAAUAAAAGAACAUCGUGAAAAAGCACGUAUUAUGCUUAAUGCUGAACAUCGUUAUAUGCAAGGAAAAGCUCCACAUUAUGAUCAAUUACCAUUAAUAAAUAAAGUUGAAGUAUUUGAAUAUGCAUUAAAUUUAUUAGAAGGUGAUGAUUUAGCAAAAAUUUUAUGGCAUAAAAGUUCAAGUGCAGAAAUAUGGUUAGAUAGGCGAUCAAAUUAUACAAGAUCAUUAGCUGUUAUGUCUAUGGUUGGUUAUAUAUUAGGUUUAGGUGAUCGUCAUCCAUCAAAUUUAAUGCUUGAUCGUGCAAGUGGAAAAGUUGUUCAUAUAGAUUUUGGUGAUUGUUUUGAAGUUGCUAUGACAAGAGAAAAAUUUCCUGAAAAAAUUCCAUUUCGUUUAACACGUAUGUUACGUAAAGCAAUGGAAGUUACAGGAAUUGAUGGUACAUUUCGUAUGACAUGUGAACAUGUUAUGGAUGUAUUAAGAAAAAAUCGUGAUAGUCUUAUGGCUGUUUUAGAAGCAUUUGUUCAUGAUCCAUUACUUAAUUGGCGUUUAUUAGAAAAUAAUACUAAUGAACAAAAUGCUGCUAUAUCAACAAUAAGUAAUCGUUCACCACAAACAGGUCAACAACAACAAUCACAUUAUCAACCACAUUUAUCAACUGUUAAUGAAGAAGAUACUGAACAUGAAAGUACACUUGGUGGUACAACACAACAACAACAACAACAACAACAAAAUGUUCAAAAUGUUGUUACACAACCUGGUAGAACAAUACGAGCUGUAGAAAUUAUGACUCGCGUACGAGAAAAAUUAACUGGAAGUGAUUUUCGUCGUGAACAACCUGUUGAUAUUCCAACACAAGUUGAAUUACUUAUUAAACAAGCAACCAGUCAUGAAAAUCUUUGCCAAUCUUAUAUUGGUUGGUGCCCAUUUUGGUAA